AUGAGUGAUGAGCCGGAUGAUGAAGGUGGUGAGGCUAUGACACUGGGUGUGCCAGCGUGGCUGGAAACUUUUCUGUCGCUCACCACAUUUUUCUCAAAAUGCCAAGUCCAUGACAAAGAAACUGGGAAUGAAUGCAACUCGUUCUGUAUCACCUGCAACAUCGAAGCUCAAUGCCCCCAUUGCAUAACAGAAGAUCAUGAGGGUCAUCGAGUGAGGAGAUCGUCAGGUCGUGAAAUUGUGAGGGUGACUGAGAUUUAUAAGGAUUUGGACAUUGGUGGUGUUGAGUCAUCUAUGAUUAACAAUCGUAGAGUUGUUUACUUGAAAAAGAAAGAAGAGGACGAGACUAAGCCUAAGCCUAAGUCUAAUAAGAGAAAGAAGCAGUCAAACAACAAUGGCGUCGGUAGAUGGAGAGAGCACUUUCCUGGUUGUGGAAUGUGCGACAGGGGCCUCUCAAAGCCUUUUUAUUUCUGCUCUUUGGGAUGCAAGGUUGGUCUCUAA